CACGUGUAUUUGGUUUUUCUGGGAAGACCACAGAUACAAAUUUUCGGUCGCAUCGUUGGUGGCCAUUUUCCUUCAUUUUAUGUAUCGGACUGCAUCCCCGAUAAUUGAGCCCGGCGUUUCUGCGCCCAGCCAUGCGACCACGUGCGCAGCAACCAAAUGUGCGAAUCAUAUCAUGGCCCGGGUGUCGGCAAUGGACGCCGUUGGGCGGAACAAGGUGAAGCUUGACUAUUUUGCACAUGGCUCAACGACGACAACAACUAGACGGUACUCGAUGCCGUGAUUGCGGCGACAACGCUGUCGCUGCGCUACUCGUCAAUCCUCUUUGUGCGAUUUUAUCCAAUUGCCCGAUACUGGCCCAGAAUAUAUACCACAUUUGCUGCGUAUGCUUUCUUGGCUCUUGUGCAGCUGCAGCUCACCCGCAGACAUGCACGCGUCAGAAGGCAUCCCCUCUUGGUUAUUCUGCUGGGCUGGGUCGACGUGACAAGACCCUUGCUCUCCGCAUUGGGCGCACUGACAAACAUUGUAUGUGUCGUCUGCUCAGUAGACUUUGUCUACAGGGCUCACUACUUACACCAGAGUCAUGAUCUGUCCUUCUCCCGCAUGGGGUACACCACCUCCACCUCCGCCAGCAUCGUCAUCCGGGCCCCCAAUUCCCCAGUUGUGGAGAUAAAUGCCAGGCCAGACUUCGCAGCGCCGGGGGGUUCAACGUCCGUUAUCAUCGAUGGGCUCUCACAAGAAACCGACUGGUUAGGUACUGCAACAUUGGACAACCUGCUACCAGAUACACCCUAUGUGUACACCACCAACGCCAGCCAUGUCGGCUCAUUCAGAACCCCCAAACAGCACCCAAAGCAGUGGACCAUGAUCCAGACGAGCUGCAUCAAGCCCUUCUACCCCUACCACCCGGCAGACCACGCCCUCAGCAUCAAGGGGCUAGAACACCUCGGCCGGUACCUGAGCAACCGGACCGCCGAGUUCAUGCUGUUCCUGGGCGACUUCAUCUACAUCGACCUCCCCUACCCGAUCGGCUGGACGCAGCGCCACUACACCGACCUGUACCGCCAGACGUACGCAUCGCCGAGCUGGACGCCGGCGCUGCGGGCUCUGCCGUGGCUGCACGUCUACGACGACCACGAGUUCGCCAACGACUGGUCCGCCAACGAGACGGGGCUGUACAAGGCCGCGGUGGCGCCAUACUGGCACUACCAGGGUCGUGCGAACCCUCCGUCUGCCGCAUCGUACUAUACCUUUACGCGCGGAGAGGUCGCCUUCUUCGUCCUCGACACGCGCCGUUACCGGUCGCCGUCUGAGCAGCCAGAUGGGCCCGGCAAGACCAUGGUGGGGGCCAUCCAGCUGGCGCGGCUGCGCGAGUGGCUGCGGGAGGAACCCAGAUGGAAGGUGGUGGUGAGCAGUGUGCCGUGGACUCGGACAUGGGUCAGCCCGGACGAGGCGGAUCGGUGGGCUGGCUACCUGCAUGAGCGGGAAAUGAUUUACGAGUGGAUGAGGGAAACGGACGGGGUGCUUCUGCUCAGCGGAGACCGACAUGAACACACAACUACUGUGUUCCCGCCACCAUCUGGCAAAGGUAAGACUCUCAUCGAGUUCUCUACUUCGGCCCUAAACCAAUUCCACGAGCCGUUUGACCGCUUUCACGUUGCUACCAACGGCGACGACCACGCCGUGUAUAACCACUACAAAGGCAACUCCAAGUUUGCCUCGAUAUCAUUCGACACGACAGAUCCAAUGCGCUGGAGGGUGAACUUCGAUCUGGUCGUGGACGGGGAAAAGGUUUGGGAGUACGAGUGGGUGUACGAGAAGGCAACCAGCUUGCGCGCGGACUAGGGCUGGAAUGCCCAGUAUGGCGCUUUGGGCAUUGUUCCUAGGGUUUUAGUUGACCGCCAGAUGAGGCUUGUGCCGGCAUGAUAACCUGGACGCGCAGGGCACUGGAUGCCUCUGGAUCUUGUUUAAACAAACGAAACACCAUAGACUAUAGACUUACAGUCUAGCCUCUGUAUCCUCCUCGGCGUCAUCGCUUUCUUCUUCCCCAACCCAGUCGGCACUUUCCAACCCCUCACC